CUUAUCUUUCCUUGUGGGCCGGCCGUUACCAUCCCACCCACCCUAUCUUUGAACGCAAAAGUCGCUACAUACUAUGGAGUGAGCCUAGAUGGAGCUUUUCUUAUCGAGAAACGCAUGUUGAGGAGAAGAGGAAGCUAAGGCGCACGUUUUUUUGGAGAUAGGCGCUGAGUAGAGGGAAGAAUACACCUCACAGAUGCAAGAUACAGUGAAGAGAGGGGUACAACGUAUCAUCAUCUGACUGCAGUGCGAUACACAACGCUUCCACGACAUAUCACAGCUGCUGCAUUCAUCUGAUCUGCUGUAGUCGUGAAGCUAAUCCAUUCCCCGGGAGCUGGUCCCAGCGAACGAACCUGGAAUGCAUGCAUACAUGCAGCAAGCCUACCUGCAUCCAUACCAGCAACGUCGUCAUACCACUCAAAUCAUCAUCAAUGCCCAUUCCAUCCGGGUCAGUCCCAGAUAUCAGCUCGGCCUGUCGUGGAACGUCGAUAAACGAACGGCGGCUAAGAUGAUCCAAUCAGUCGGGUUCCAGUCCGGCGACUUACAGGUAUCGCACGAGUGAGAAGUCCCGGAUAACGGGUUCAGUCUGAGUCGAGUCUCCACUUGAUCCACGGAAUUUGAUCAAUCUUGGCCGGAUCUGACUUCGUCAAAAGUACUUCGGACAUUUAUAAUUUUGGAAAAAAGUUGAGGCCGUCGGCGGUUCUCAUUUCUUGUUCAUUUGGUUGGUGAUUCUUGCUUCUUCGGAGAUCGUACAGGGAGAAGGAGGCUGAAGAUUAAGACUGACUAAGUGAGGAAGUGGGAGGGAGUGUUGCGUGCUGACCGACAUGGUUCAAGCCACUUCCUGCCCGCCUUCCUGUACGACUACAUUUUUUCCAGUCCUACACUGCAAGUGCAAUGCAGGACGAUCGCUGCCAAUUCUAGAUAUAGGGCACAUGUAGGUCUCCGCUUGGGACGAGAACGGGCCAGUUCUAUUUCUUCCACAGCUCAUCUCUUCCGGGCUUGUCAAGUCUAGAUACCGGCGCGGCAGAUCUGGUUGUCUCCACACAUUCCUUCUUCGAGAAGCUUAUCUCGAUCUUCGAUUCAUUUCCAGUCGUUCGUUUUCUUCUUUUACUUCUUUCCUGCUAUCCUUCUUUAUUGACUUCUUCGCCUAAUACUUCCUGUCGCCGACUCAACGUCUGUCGCUUGGUUGACGACUUACCUUGACGUCUGUUGGAAGUUCUCAACUACGGCCAGCAUUAUGAGAGCAUAUGUUUUGGUCAGCUUGUUAGUAGGAUCUCUAGCGUCUGCCUCACCGGUGAUAGAAAGGCGGGUUGAGCAAACACUUGAAUCAAGAGAUGUCACUAUCAUUUACAAGAAUGCCGAAGUGAUAAUACCAAAAGUGUUUAUCAUCUCAAUGUUUUCUCCAGAAGCAGAUAUCUGGUACGCCAACGCCAAUACUACAGGAUCAAUUGGUGAUCUACUUGCGAGAAAUAUCACCAUUCCAGGUUUAUCACCUCUCUUCCCAGAUGUGCAUUGUCUGAAGGAUGGCUCAGUGUGUCAACUUACUACCGGCGAAUCUGAAAUCAAUGCUGCUACAACCAUGACAGCGCUCAUGACGACCCCUCUCUUUGAUCUCAGAAAAACCUAUUUCCUAAUUGGGGGAAUAGCCGGCAUCAACCCAAAACACGGAACUCUCGCCGACAUCGCAUUCUCUAAGUAUGCCGUUCAAGUCGCUCUCCAAUACGAAUUCGACUCUCGCGAGAUCCCCUCAAACUACAGCACCGGUUACAUCCCCCAAGGCUCAACCUCUCCAGACAUGUACCCCCAAAACAUCUACGGCACCGAAGUCUUCGAAGUCAACGAGGCCCUCCGCGACAUCGCUGCCACCUUCGCCAGCGCCGCCAAACUGAACGACAGCUCCGAUGCAAUCGCCUACCGCUCCAAGUACGCCAGCACCCGCACUCGAAUCUACGCCGCAGCAACCAGGAAACCAGGUAUCAUCAAAUGCGACACCGCCACCUCAGACGUCUACUUCUCCGGCACACUUCUCGGCGAAACCUUCGAAAAUACAACUAGGUUAUGGACUAAUGGCUCAGGCGUCUACUGCAUGACAGCACAAGAAGACAACGCCACUCUCGAAGCCAUGCUCCGCUUCGCAGUGCACAAGACCGUCGACUUCGCACGCAUCAUCAUCAUGCGCACAGCAUCGGACUUUGAUCGUCCGUACCCAGGCGCGAGUCCGGAGUUCAAUUUGUUCUUUUCCAACCAAGGAGCAUUCGAGCCGGCAGUGCAGAAUAUUUAUUUGGCGGGCACGGAAGUGGUUAAGGGGAUUUUGGAGGGGUGGAAAAAGACUUUUGAGAGGGGGGUGAGGCCGAGAAAUUAUAUCGGGGAUGUGCUUGGGACGUUGGGCGGGAAACCGGAUUUUGGGCCGGGGAGUGUGUUUGCGCCGGGUGGGGGGCUGGCGGUGAAGAGGGAUGGGUGGGAGGGGGAGGUGGUGAGGGAUAGGUUGAGUAUGUAUAAGAGGAGGGUGAAUAUGAAGGGGGCUUCGGGUGCGGAGGCUGCGAGGAGGGCGAAUGGUGCGGGGUGAGGAGUUGGUGUGAGAUGUGCUAUGGCUCAUGGGAUUUGGAGACUGACUGGGGUUCAGACGCUGAGCAUUCAGAUGCCGGCCUGGUCUAUUAUCAUUAUCAAGGGUUCGGCUUGUGGCGAUGUAGUGUCUGAGAGAAGGAGGUAUAGGUAUAUACGGCGAGGCAACUGUUGUGUUGUGUUGUGUUGUGCUGGGAGGUAAAUCCACUUUUUGGGGAGGAGGGCGGAAGGAUUUCAUUAUCGAUGUGUUAUUUCAUGGCUUAAUAGAGGGAAGGUGUAA